AUGCCAGGCCCACCCGCCACCCACCCGCAGAUGCCAAAGCCAAAGCCAAAGCCCCUAGAGGAGUUUAUUGUGCUGGGAUGCGAGCGGCGUGGGACCGCGGGGAGGGGCGGCGGCGGCGGCGGCGCGAAGGAGCUUGAGAGGGGGGUGAGGGGGGUGAGGGGGCUAAAUCUCAGGUCGGCAGACCAUGGGGAAGAGGCCGUGAGGGUUUCUGUGGUAUUUAGAAUGCCAUGGAAGGUGUCUGAGUAUGAGAGGGCCCUGGCGCAGAGGGGGUACCGCCUGUUUGAGCGGUAUGUGGUUGGUGCGAGGAUGGCGGGGGAUUUGGCGGUGCUUAACUUCAAGUCCCCACUCGCCGUAUUUAUUGACGACAAGGUUAAGAACAGGGACCACGAGUGGUUUCUACUAUUCUUGAAUGACGAGGGCGAGGCUGUGGAGUACGGCGGUGUAAGUGGCAGGUCACAGAACCUGGGGAGGGACUUUGAGAUGGGCUGGUAUGUGGGUACUGUGGGUUUGUGUAGAGCCUUCUUGCCACUGCCAUCCUUGUAG